AUGGAUGAGGACGACGAACGAGCGAUCGAACUAUCUACUAUUGCCGCAAUCUUCCCCGAGCUGGUCAUCGACCAAGCGCGACCGUUUCAUGCUACGCUCGAUGUUCCUGUAGCGCCUGAGAAGCCACUCAAGAUCUACUUCCAAUCUUCGACCACCUCUGCGCCACUGGAUGUGUUAACGCCUCCCGGUACAGAUUCGUCCGGAAAUGAGGGUGGGCUUAAACAGCCUGCUGCUACACCACUUGCUGCAGUGCUCAACGUCGAUGUGCAUCAACUGUCUCAUUUGCCACCACUGAAGCUUGACAUAUCGUUACCAGAUGGCUAUCCUCAACAAAGACCGCCGGAUGUGAAAGUCCAUGCGCAACCUCUUUGGCUACCUCAAAAGACGAUCACUGAUAUACAGGCUCGCUGCGCAGAGUUGUGGAAGGAUUGUGGUCAAGAUCAAGUCGUUUACACUUUUAUUGACUAUGUACAGCAAGAGGCGGAGAAGGCCUUCGGGCUUGCAGAUAACCCUGAACAUAGGUUUGAACUGGCAAGCGACCUCAAAUUGAUUCUGCUAGAUCACGACCUGAAGCGGAAGCGCGAGCAAUUCGAGAACGAGACUUUUGAAUGUGGUAUCUGUCUGGAGCCAAAGAAGGGCAAGAUAUGUCACAGAAUGCUGCUGUGUGGUCACGUCUUUUGCGUCGCAUGCCUACAAGAUUUCUUCAACAAUUGUAUCACAGAAGGCGAUGUGGACAAUGUAAAAUGUCUCGACCCAGGUUGUGGCAAGGAUAUAGUUGUGGAAGUCUCUCCUGGGAAGAAACGCAAAGUCGACCGGACGCUCAAUCCUAGCGAAUUACUGCAGAUACCGAUCGACCAGGAGCUGGUUCAGCGAUAUGUGAGAUUGAAGAGAAAGAAGAAGUUGGAAGCUGACAAGAACACAAUCUAUUGCCCUAGACAAUGGUGUCAGGGAGCUGCAAAAUCCAAGCGCCACCCUAAAUCCGACGAUCCUCUUCACGACGGCACAGCUUCUGACUACGAAUCUGAAAUCGAAGAGAAGCCUACCAAGAGAAAGAAAGCCGAUCCCGAAGAUAUUCCUAUGUCAGAGCGUCUGGCUGUAUGCGAGGACUGCAACUUUGCCUUUUGUUCCGUCUGUAAGAAGGGCUGGCAUGGCGAAUUGGCAAGGUGCAAUCCUCGCCGACAAGCAGAACUCAACGAGGAAGAAAAGGCGUCCCUUGAGUACAUGCAGCGCUUCAGCACACCUUGUCCAACCUGCAAUGCACCAGCCCAGAAAACUUAUGGCUGCAACCACAUGAUCUGCUUCAAGUGCAAAACUCAUUUCUGCUAUCUUUGCAGCGCAUAUCUAAUGCCGGAUAAUCCUUAUAGACACUUCAAUGAACUCAAGAGCACGUGUUACAUGAGACUUUGGGAGCUGGAAGGUGGAGACGGUGCUGAUGUGGGUAUAGGCUUUGCUGGAGGUGCCGCAGCACCCUGGCAGGCAGAAGACCUAGAAGACGAUGACUUGGAUGAUGAAGAGGAAGACUUACCAGCAGAGAACUUUGGUGCAUUUGGUGGAGAUGCGCCCGCAGCGUGGGAUGACGAUACCGACGACGAAGAACCAGCUCCAGAUCAACGAAGACCAAAUCGGCCGCAUAUCGAGCUCGUCAACUUUGCACGAAAUGGUGCUCCCCGACUAAUCGAAUUACAGCCCCCACCGCGAGCUCCUCCACCUGCGCCAAACCCACCUGCACACCAGCAACGAGGCGGUCAUCGUGGACGAGGAGGUAAUGCUCAAAGAAGAGCACCGGCACAUGCAGUGCCAGCACUAGCGGUUCAGCCUGCGCAACUUCGAGCUCACAUACCUGGCAACGGGAACGACGCAGCAGCGGCCCCUCAAGUUCGAGCCGCUCCCGGACAAGGCAAUAACGCUGAACAGGGAAUACAACGAUUCAUCAGGCUGGCACUCGAAGAUAGAGAAGAUGAGUGGGAUAGCGAUGAAGAUUAG